AUGUCGAAAGUAAACGAAGUAAUCCCAUUCGAUUCUCUUCCAUUAGACCCAACAGGCCCACGCGGAAAUGCCUGGGGUCGAUUUGGAAAAGAUGAUCAACUUGGGACAUUGAACCUGCUCACUCCUGAGCGGGUUGUCGAAGCCGCGAAGGAAAUUCAAACUGGCGUGCGAAUCUCACUUGACUGGCCGAUGAGCAUGCCUUCGCAUCCUAGCUUCAAUCGCCAUCCAUUUAAGCAGGAGCUUAUUCUUCGGAAUCCAAAUUGUAUUUAUGAUGACAUCUUGACAUUCAAUAGUCAGGGGUCUACCCAAUGGGAUGGGUUUAGACAUUAUGCAAACCAGAAAUCUCGGCAAUUUUAUAACGGGCAUACCACAGAAGAGAUAGAGAGCUCAGAUAUCAUUGGAAUUCACUCCAUGUGUGAACACGGUGGAAUAACAGGCCGCGGCGUUCUCCUGGACUACGCAGAAUGGGCCACCACCAACUCAAUUUCCGUCUCCGCCCUCAGAUCUGAGGCCAUCACCAUUGAGAACCUAAAACGAGUAGUCAAAGAUCACAACCUUAAUUUCCGAAAGGGGGACAUUCUUUUCAUUCGCAGCGGCUUCACAGCCGCGUACAACAAGCUGGACAACCAGCAGCGAAAGGACCUGGCACUCCGAACAUCGCCAGAUUUUAGCGGCGUGGAAGCGACGGAGGAUAUGGUGCGGUGGUUAUGGGAGCAUCAGUUCUCUGCCGUCGCUGGUGAUGCGCCGAGCUUUGAGCGUGCGCCUAUUAGAGGUGCCCAUGCGGAUCCGAAUUUCAAUUUGCAUGAGUGGGUGCUGGCGGGUUGGGGGACUCCUAUUGGGGAGAUGUUUGAUUUAGAGAAGCUAUCAGAGCAUUGUAAGGCUAGUGGACGUUAUAGCUUUUUCUUGUCUAGUAUGCCUUUGAAGGUUAUUGGUGGUGUCGCUAGCCCGCCUAAUGCGUUUGCUAUUUUCUAA